UCGAUGAAAAUCCACAUUUGACAAGCUCCAAAGGUUGUAUAAAUAUACAUUCAGCUAGUAACGCAUUCUGUAUAUCCAUGGCAUCUAUAUAUCCAAUCAUCUUCUGUUCCCAAAUCCCAAUCCCAUUACACCGUUCCAAAAUGCAGGAGGAAAUGUCUGCCCAAGCCAAGCUUGCCCCUAACAAUAAUCCAACGAGCCACGCGUUCCAUCGUGCCAUCGUCCUCUCAUCACUGCUCGUCGUGCUACUUCUGUCAUCAUCCACGGCGCCGGCGAGCGCCGAGGACCCGCCAACCGCGCCCACCAAGCCGCCGCUGAUCUCCCGGCUCGCCAAGGACCCGGAGACAUCUCUCUACACCAUCUCCAUCAAGGCCGACCGGUCGCCGCUCGUCGUCGACCUCGCCGGCUCCCUCGUCUGGUCCACCUGCCCGCCGCCAUUGACGCCUCACGGUACCGUCCCGUGCCACAAGUGCACCGGCGCCGGGGACGAACCCUUCAACCCGGUAACCCGCGAGUGCUCCUCCUCCGGCCCGGGCAACAUCCUGACGAGCUUCCCCAUGUCAGCCAACGCCACGGACGGCGUCAUGGAGCUGUACCCGCCAGAGGAGUCCUUCGCCGUCACCGGCAAGUGCGCGCCCCGCCGGCUUCUCAGAUCCUUCCCCGCAGCCGCCACCGGCGUCGCGGGCUUCUCCCGCCGCCCGCUCUCGCUCCCCUCGCAGCUCGCCGCUCGCCGCUUGUUCGGCAACAAGUUCUCCCUCUGCCUCCCCUUCUUCGCCACCUUCGGCGACACGCCCGUGUUCCUCUCGACGCCGGACCCGCGCGGCUUCAUCGACUACACGGCCCCGACCUCCAUCCCUUACACCCCUCUCCUCACCAAUGCCGCCGGCGGCGGCUACUACAUCCCCAUCAAGGCCAUCUCCGUCUCCUGGCACGGCGAAGUCUCCCGGGCGGCCAUCCCCGCCGGCGCGCUCGACCUCGACCUCGCCAACAACCAUGGCGGCGUCGUGCUGAGCACGGCCACGCAGUACGGCCACAUGCGGCGCGACGUGUUCGACGCCUUCGCGGCGGCCUUCGACGACGCCAUCACCCGGGGCAAGAUCCCGAUGACCACCGUGGAGCGCGUGGCGCCGGCGAAAGGAGAACCGUUCGAGCUCUGCUACAGGGGUGGGUUCCCGAUGCUGAAGCGGCCGGCGGUGCUCGACGUGCCAAGAAUCGACCUCGAGCUCGGGGACGGCGCCACGGGGAACUGGACGCUGUUCAACGGGAACUACAUGGUGCAGACGGAGAACGGGUUGUGCGUCGGGAUACUCCCCAUGGAUGAUGACGCCGCCGCCGGACGCCGCGGCGGAAUGCACGUGGAGGGCGAGCCGGCGGUGGUCCUCGGCGGGAAGCAGCUGGAGAAUAACUUGCUGGUGUUCGAUCUGGAGAAGAACGUGCUUGGGUUCAGCAUGCUGCUGGAUUUCCGCUUGUCCGGUUGUAUGAGCUCCAAGUUCUUCAGAAACUAGAUGUUGCAUCCAGUGCAUAAUAAGAACAGAGUGAAUAUUUUGAUUUGCAGAUCGUGAUAUUAGUCAAAAGGAAUAGAAGAAGCUCUGCUUGGAUCGAGAUCUCAGAACUGAUCCUGUCACUCCAAGUAAAGCAUGUUGCACGCACACCAUGACAACAAAGUCGUCGCUCGUUUGGUUGCUUCCAA